AUGAAGAGUACUCUCAUGGAAACAUCAUCCGACGAAACACAAGUUGUGGCAAUUGUAGGUAUGGGGGGCAUCGGCAAGACAACUUUUGCUAGAAGAAUUUAUGAUGAUCUGGAAAUUAAAUCACAUUUUGACAUUCUAGCAUGGGUUACUAUGUCAAAGGAAUACGGUGUUAGAAAAAUGCUGCUGCAGCUUCUUCAUUGUAUUCCAUCAACCGAAGCCGUAAGCCGUGAAGCAACGGAUGAUGGCGAGCUAGCAGACAAAUUGAAACAAAAGCUGUGGAAGCGCAGGUACCUAGUUGUCAUCGACGAUAUAUGGAGCACCAAGGCUUGGGAUGAUAUAAGUCAAUGGUUUCCAGAUUCCAAAGGAAGUCAUGCCCUACUUACAACAAGGUGUGGUAAUGUGGCCAGUUAUGCUGCAUCAGGUAAGCCUCCUCAUCACAUGUCUCCUCUGAGUGCAAAAGAAAGUUGGGAACUAUUGCAAUCGAAAGUAGAGCUCUCCCCAGAAUUAUUGGAAGUUGGAAAGAAAAUUGCAGAUAAUUGUCACGGAGUGCCUUUGGCUGUUACUGUAGUUGCUGGGCUUCUAUCUAAAUGCAACAAUGCACUAGACAGAUGGGAGCAAGUUGCAGAAGAUGUAAAAUCAGCAAUAUUUAAAGAUCCUGGUCAACAAUGUGAAAAGGUUCUUGCUUUAAGUUACUAUUAUCUACCUCAACACCUAAAGGGUUGCUUUCUGUAUUUUGGGAUUUUUUCCCAAGAUGAUGAGAUUAACGUGACAACAUUAAUCAACCUAUGGGUUGCAGAGGGGAUUUUAAAGGAAGUUGAUUAUAAAAGUUUGGAAGACGUAGCUGAGGAAUAUUUACAAGAACUUAUAGACAGAAAUUGGGUUCUAGUAGGCCAGCAGAAUUUUUGUGGAGAUGUGGAAACAUGUAGGAUACAUGAUCUCUUGCAUGAGUUAUGCUUGAGACAAGCUCGAAGUGAGAACUUCCUACCUGUUAUAGACGAUAAACCACCAUAUCGAGCCUCACGUGUCCCCCAAUCAUUCAUGCAGGUCUGCGUGAUGAUUGUUCGGUCAAUUGGUGGUUUUCAUCGCUUAAACUCUCAUAGCUAUGAUCAAAAGGUAAUUCGCACUAUUGUCUAUCAAGGUGAACAUGCAUAUUAUGCGCCUCGUAACAAAUAUCUUUUAGUAGUUGAUAACGAAAGAGGGAUGAGGGAAAUAUCAGAAUUCAAGAAUUCCAAAAUGAUCAGAGUAUUGGCCUUGAGAAAAUUAUGCUUUCAUAAUGACAUUCCAGCUUCAUUAUUUGAUUUGGUGAAUCUAAGGUAUCUAUCCUUGUCCAUUGACAGUCCUAAAUUUCUCCCUCUUCUCAAACUUCAAAGACUGCAAGUUUUGACUGUUGAAAUAGAAAACUUUGCGAGCAAUAUGAUACCUUUACAAAUUUGGAGGAUGCCACAGUUAAGGAGUGUUCACUUUAUAAAAACAAGAUGGCGAUGUCCUCCGAAUAUGGCCAACGCUGAAGGGAAACAAGUAAUUUUGGAACACCUACAUACUCUAAGUGGUGUUGGUCCAGCAUGGUGUAAAAAUGAAAUCUUUGCACUAAUGCCUAACUUGAACAAGUUGGAGAUUGUGUUAGACAGGAGUGUUGAUGAUCAACACCGCGAUUUGUGGAUAGCUAUUUCAUAUUUACCUCUAGUUGAGACACUUAGAAUUAAAGCUGGGUGGUGGGAUUUUGAUGAACGUUGUGUCAUACUAAUUAUAUGCCAACUUUUAUAUCAAUAG